UGGCUAUUGUUCGAUUGUUCUAACUUUUCUUUGCAAAUGCUUGUGAAGUUGUAUUCUAUAGCCUAAUUUCAGCAAUAUAGACGCACAAGCACUUAAACGUUUAAUGAGCUGCGUUUAUAAGCGAUACAAAAGGCGUCGAAGUGGGAAAAUUUGCAAACCGCCGGCAAAAAGCACAGCAAGUCCGAACGCGCGGUGAUAUAUAAAUCCUGCGACUUCUCGACAAAGUCCCCGAGACCCCAUCGCGCCGUACCUCGCGAAAGAAACGUGUUUAUUUCCCCCGUGGCAACGCGACAAGGUUCUAAACAGUAUUUUCCUUGCGUCAGUGGGGUUCCUACUUACUUACGCAAGCGCCCCGAAAACAGGUCACCAACGGAUAUACAGUCGAUAUUUUAAUCACCUGCUUCGCGCUUGUUAGCUUACUUGCUGUCUCCUGCUCCUAUGAUCACGAUGAUGCCGAACGCUGAAAUGCCCGCGCGAAGAUCUCCCUCGGUGUUCAACGAGAACUUUAGCAUACGAAAGAUGCUGGACAUAGACCUUGAUGAAGACUUGAGCAAACCGAAAGCGGAACACGAUAAGCCUGAAGUCUUCGAAGAGAAUUUGCAAGAGAAGACGUCUUCAGCGUCCAAGUCCGAACGACAAACAAGCACCGAGUCAAAAGAUGAACGUGCGGAGAAACCGCCUUUCUCGUACAACGCUCUCAUCAUGAUGGCCAUACGGUCUUCUCCUGAAAGAAGGUUGACCCUUAGCGGCAUUUACGAGUUUAUAGUCAAGAAUUUCCCAUAUUAUCGUAACAACAGACAGGGCUGGCAGAACUCGAUCAGACACAACUUAUCUUUGAACAAAUGUUUUGUGAAAGUACCUCGCCACUACGACGACCCGGGUAAGGGAAACUACUGGAUGCUGGAUCCGAGCAGCGACGAUAUAGUAAUCGGUGGGACGACAGGCAAGCUGAAACGACGAACGAACCCAUCCUUGAAAAACCGCUUCGCGUUGAAGCGACCCGGUGGAUUUGUAGGUUUUCCAAGCUGGUAUUACUCCCAGAAUAGCAAUUACUGGCCUUACUCUCAAUACUACGGUUCGUGGGAUCCAUAUUGGAAUCGUAACGGCUUACAGGACAACCAUGCCUAUCUUUCGCGGUUCUCCUCGCCGGAGCAAAGCUUGUCCCAUCAUUUUGGACACCCGAGCUUGGACGAACUCGCCCCGAAUACAGAGUACAGCUCCUCCGGCCUAACCACGUCUCGUUUUCCCUAUCCAAGCCAUGCGUCGACCUCGCCUCGUUCUGAAGAGAACACAGCUUUCUCCCAACGCUGUUUGUGCGAUGAUUCAAGAGUCGAUAUAACUCGCGAGCGCUCUCGUUGUUGCCAAGGUUCGACCUGCCCAAAUGCAUGGCAAGCCCCACAACUUAGUCCGACCCAAACCGCUUCCCAAGAACUUUCCAAACCUUUAUUUUAUUCGCCGUCUUUGGUCAGAAAUCGAUACGCUUAGAUUUUAACAUUUAAUAUAAAUACAUAUGUGCAUGUAUAUAAUAAAUUAUUGGACUAUUUAGAGGCCCAGCUGCAGGGUACAUAUUUAUUAUAAUAUAUAUUUAACACUGUACGCGGUACAAAAUUGUAGAUAUUCAAGCAUGUAAAAAGUUAUCGGCCUGUGUAUAUUUGUUAUUUGAUGCGAUAUAUAAAUUAAACCUAUGAUGUAAAAAGC